GGCUUUGAAUGUGCAAAUUUCCCUGGUUUCGGUAAUUGUACUGGUUUGGGAGGGGCGGCAGGGCUAAGGUGGAAGGCGAGAGUAGGGGUUCAACAGGGCGGAUGGAUGACUGGCUUGAGACUGGGUUCGUGAAAUCCUUGACAAAAACCAAAUCUCCUCAAAAACCAACACCCCCACCAUGACUUCUUCCGCACCACAACAUAGUCCCAAAAAAAGACGACUCGUGCAACCUUUUAACUUGGAUAAACCACUCUCAUACUUCUUUUAUUCUAAGGAUCAUGCCCAAUUCCAUUGCACCAUGGAUGGAGACAGCGACUUGGAGGAUGAUACCUCCAUCUUUGUGGGGAGACGACAUGAGUUAACUGAAAGAUUGGAGGAGGAUCCUUACGAUUUAUUAACAUAUCUCGAACGAGCGAGCGUCUAUAGCGAUUUGGGAUACCCAGAUUUGGCAUCGGGAGAUAGUUACAAGGCUUUGUUGUUAUGCGACGAAUUGAAGGACGAAAGUUUCGAAUACCAUGAACAAGCGCUCGAAUCGUUCAAAUCUCGACUUGCCGAAGGCUUCUCGGAAAACAUCUUAAAGAGACAUAUAUCUGGAUUGGCAGCUGCGGGAAAUGUCACACACACCUUUGAAAGAAGUGGAAUUGAGAGGUUGAACUUGGACGAGGUGGAUGAAGAGAUAUAUGUGCGAAUCGCAGAUCGGGCUGCAUUACGAUGUUAUCAAAAUCUCUCAUUGAGUCUUCUGUUAUGCGGAUGCUUAAAGAGUGCUUAUGAUUUUUGUAGCAGAGGAUUAAAAGUUGCUCCUGACGAUGAGGAAUUGAGUCAAGUGAAGGAUUAUAUUUUCAAUAUGGCGAAGAGGAGGUUAAAAACCGACGAGGUGGAUAUUUCCGAAUUACCAGAUCAAGGCUUAGUACGACGCGAAAUAUAUCCUUGGAAUGACCACGAGCCCAAUCGUUUUUCGCUAGAAUCUCUCGACUUUUUAAAUCAGGAAUUACAAGCUAUUUCUACAAAGGUGGAGGUUAGAGCGGUUGAAUUACCUACACUUGUGGAAGCUGCCAUUGUGCAGGAGGAGGAUGGACAUAUACCAACAAACAAACAAUUGGGAUUAUUCGCAACCGAUGAUAUACAACCCGGCGAAACAGUCCUCGAAGAGACUUCGGUUUUAACAGUUAAUAAUCGUUUAAAAGAUGCUCUUUGCGAUGCCUGCAGUACAGUAUUACCUCCAUUGGGUAAAAAUAGUACAGUAGUAGGAUGUCCUGAUUGUUAUGAUAUUAUGUUUUGUAAUGAAACCUGUCUCAAUCUCGCAUUGGAGACAUAUCACCCAGCUGUUUGCGAGAAAGAUGUCGAUACUAUCUCUAAAGAUCCAGACCCAAAAGAAUCACCAAAUGCCCUCUAUCUUCUCCUUCUCGCUCGCGCGUUAGCCAUGUCGGCAACUCAAGAAAUUCAUCCUCUCGAUUUGAAAGAAGUUAAAUUUAUUUGGGGAGAUUUUCUCGAUUCUGCUAGUAAUGCGGUUCCUAUUUCUCCCAAAUCAGAACCACCUCCUGUUUGGACUCUUCCAUUUUCAUUUUCGUCCAAUAUCGCAACUCCUCUUCAUAUCCUUGAGAAAAUGGAUAUUGACAUGUUUGCUGAAAUCGCAAAUUAUGAUCUUUGGAUUUUAAAUACUUUGUAUAGUAAAUUCAGGGGUACAGCAUCGGCGAGAGUCAAUACGACAACGGGAAUGCCGGAAGUAGCGGCUGUUCAUCCUCUUUGGUGUUUGGCAAAUCAUGAUUGUGAUCCAAAUGUACAAUGGGAAUGGGGAGGAAGAAUGAAAUUGUGGUGUAGGGAGACGAGAAUUAAUGGGAAAGGUGGUGUGAAGAAGGGAGAAGAGAUUUGGAAUCACUAUUGUGAUAUUGAAUUGCCGGUUCAAGAGAGGAGAGAGUGGGCAGAAGGAAGUUUGGGAGGCUGGUGUAUGUGUGAGAGAUGUAGGAGGGAGGCGGGGGAGGUUGAUGGGGAGGGAGAGACUAAUGGAGAGAGAAGGUCGAAUCGAUUUGCUGAGGGGGAGAAUUCGCUUACACCUACUGGUGUGGAGGUAGAUGGAAAGAUUGUGGAGAAUGGAUAUGCGGAUUUGAAGAUGUCAUUUUCCGAGAACGAAAAUGUGCUGUCUAAUGGAGUUAAGAGGGUAGUCGAAUAGUUGAAAAAUGGGAAUCUGGUUGGCAAAGAGUCAAGACAAAUGGGAAGUGGGAAGUAAGGCUGUAUGAAUUAGUGAUAUUGGAUAUAUGAUCAUUGAGGAAGCGAAAAGUGUUUGAUUUGAAUGGAAGUUGGUUAGUUGGCUGGUUGCAUAGGAGUUGAUGGAAGGAGGAUCUAUAUAUGAUGAGUGGAUGAAUGGAUGAAUGGAUGAAAGGAAGGAAUGCUUAUUCGAUGUAGAGAUAUGGAAUGGAAUGUUGAAUUCUAGAGAUAGGUAUAUAAAAUAAAAUGAAAUAAUUUAAGUGCAAGACUAUGGUAGAAUUAUAUUAUGCA